AUGGCUGACAACGAGAAACUAGACAACCAGCGGCUGAAGAAUUUCAAGAACAAGGGUCGCGAUUUGGAGGUAAAGUAUUCUGAUUCCGUCGAAGGGUCCCCUUUCGUAUGCGCUAUUUUGUUGCUUGGGGCUGCGCUGUGUGACGUCGUUUGUAAUUUUCAGGAUCUGGAACUUUGCACCAAGCCCAAACCAGGCCUUAUCUGAUCGUCAAAUAGAUAGAUCAAGGCUUUUCUAUCCAUCCACCCGACUUUCUGAAUCUGAAUAAAAGUAACCCUCAACACGUGAAACGUCCCAUGCUAAGCUAACCGAGCUAGCAACGACUUCCAGUUCUAUCUAAGCUAGCUAACUACAGGCCGUGAUAGCAAUGGGACACUGACAAACACGCUGUUCUAGCUAGUUAUAUUUGCUAUUCGACAGUCAUCUGAAAUGUAGUUGGGUACCUGUGUCAGACAGCCCAUCCAGUUUGGUUUUGAGGUUUGGAAUUGACAUGCCUACCCACAUCUUUUCGGGGGAUAAUUUGAUUAACUAAACGAGAUUCGUAUCCCGUUCUAACGACGGCGCUAGUCAGCCAUCUCAGUGGUUUGAAUUAGCUAACGUUAGCUAGCUAGGUAUGUAGUUAGCUAGCCAGCUAUAAUGUACCACCCACUCCUCCCCGACUAUAGCUUGCUGGCUAUGUCAUGUAGUUAGCUAGUUAACUAAUGUAUACGCAAUUAUCAGAUGGUAUAUAUCGUUAAUUAUAUAAAAGUAGCCAGUAAGAUUUUGAAACUGGUAGUUACCGUUGGCCAACUUGGCUAGCUACUUAACUAAUGACCUCAAAGGGGAAAUUACGCAGUAAGAACCUCAACUAUACUAGCUAGCUGGUCAGCUAACGUCAGCUAGAUCAACUUAGCUAGCUAACGGUAGCCACCCAACUGAGUUUAUUUGAUUUUAGCUUCGUACUUAGUUGUUCUAAGUGUCAAAUGUAAUGGUAAAUGUUAGCCUCUUACUAGUUAACAGCUCCAUUAACUACAAAUCUUUAAAUAUUUCUGGUUAGCCAGUACCCGCUGAUGGUAGCUAGCUAGGUUAGUAUCUACCCUGCUAGCGUAGUUCAUCAAAACAAUGGCGGAAUUUAGUUGGUCAGGGCCCCUUUACAGGCCUUGGCAGACCCAUAACGAAAGUUAUAGCCAUUGUGAGGUAGGUAGAUGGAUGGAUAGGCUGCAAGUGUAGGAGAGUUCAACAUUAACGUUACAUUAUACUAACCAGUGUUUUCGCUAGUUUUGGAAGACAACAUCGGGAGUCCGUGUGGUUGGACUCCCUGAGUUGUAAAUCGUUCUGGUGGGUGGCGACAGAAAAUACGUUUCCUGUCAACAAAGGCAUAUGUAUAAUCUCUAGAAACUACUUACCAGAUGUAAAGUGAAAUGUGACCCUUGCUAUCAAAUAUAUAUAUAUAUAUUAAUCCAAUUUUUGUCCGAACUGCACCAUAUUCCUGCUGUGUACUGUGGUAGGAAGUCUCGUGUGUGGUCUAAUGGCAGCCCGCUGUCUAACUCAACAGGAAUAAGGUGCUGUUCAGACAAAAGUUGGAUUCAGACGUUUAUUUGAUAGCGAGGGACACAUUACACUUUACAUUUGGUAUGUAGAGUUCCUAGAGAUUAUGCACAUGCCUUUGUUGACAGGGAAUUUUUUUUUUUUGGUGAGGCCAUAUUGUGGUAGGGUUAUUUUACAUCGCCAGCCAUCAGAAUGAUCCACAGCUAGGGGAGUCCAACCAAUACACAGACUCCCGAUGUUGUGUCCUAAAGCUAGUUUGCACCCCGGCUGGAACAGUCUGGGGGGAAGGGCACCAUACCGACACACAAGGCUUCUUUAACUUAGCUACAUUUUCAGUUCAAACUAGUGGAAGCAAAAUGAUUAUAGGCAAGGGGAACAGAUGAUAGAGGAACAAUUAUACUAGCUAGGCCUGUGUGUUAUGGUGUUUCAGCUAGAUGGUCAGGAAAUCCUGUUGUCUUUGUAUCCGGUUUGACAAGAAGUGCGUUUCUCUUUUUAAUGAAGUAAUAUGGCUAGUCAACGGCAGGGGCAUUGUUUGCGGUUAACCACUAACGUGCAUAACUAGGCUAUAUCACACCUAGACAUGAUAGAAGUGCUGCACUGUCUCCCACUUCACUGUGAGAGGGAAAAUUAAUAAUUUUCUAAGAAGGAAAUGGGCAGGGCCCUCUUAGACAGAAGGAAGAAUUUAACCUAAUCCGAUCAUGACAAAUGGCCAAAUGCCUGUAUGUUAUGAUAGCAAAUUACUUAAUGAGGCCUUAUCAAAAACGUCAUGUCUGUCAAUCAGGUGCUUGAAAAUUGUCCCCCGUAAUACCACUCAUUAUUAACAUGAACCAUUACAUACAAAACACCAGGCCUGGAGCAGUUGAGAUCUGUGUUAAGUCAGUCUAUUUAAACGGUGUCAGUGUCAUAAUGUGAGUGUGAGCUGGUGAUUUCAGGCAGUGGUAUGGCAGGCUGCUUCUAUCACUGUGCCAGACAUGGCUGUGGAUGGGAACUAAUGAACAAUCUGACUCUGAACAGCUCUCUAAGCAUGAAUACACAGGAUGCCGUCAUCAUAUUGGGAGGAUAAACAUCUAAUAUAUGUUUUGGGCUUGGAUUGUGGAAGUAUCAACAAACAAUCAGGCACACAUACAGUGUAUAUUUGGACUAGGCUAAUGUAUGCGUUUUCUCCCCUAUAGACGAUGAGAAGACAGAGGACAGAGGUGGUGGUGGAACUCCGCAAGGUAAGCAUUCACCUUCUUUCCUUUAAUCUAUGUCAGACAAGAUACAACUGCAUUUCAAUCAGGUUAUGAAAGAUGAGUUUAAAGGGAUACUUUGGGAUUUUGGCAUUGAGGCCCUUUAUCUACUUCCCCAGAGUCAGAUGAACUUGUGGAUACCAUUUGUAUGUCUGUCCUGUCUGAAGGUAGUUUUGCGAGCCAAUGCUAACUAGCGUUACCCAUAGACUUCCAGUCAUUGUGCUAUCUGCUAGCAUCCCGAAGUGUCCCUUUAAAAUGCCUGUUUAAUAGUUGAGCCUGUUGCCAUGCUGAUGCAUGUAUGUUAUGACGGCUGUCUGCUCUCUGCAGAACAAAAGGGACGAGCACCUGCUGAAGAGGAGAAAUGUGCCCCACGAGGACAUCUGUGAGGACUCUGAUGCCGACGGAGACUUCAGAUCGGUACGUGGCUCUGUUAAAAUACUUUGAAAAAGCAUCUUUCCUUCCUUCCUUGGAAGUAAUCACUGAUGUAAUGGCGAUUAACAGGGUAUUUAGAUCUAUGGUAAGACUGAGUUCCUAGAACUGUUAGCUAAAAGAGAUCCACAUGCAGUCCAAAUCAAAUGGGAGGGGACCUCUUGCUGUUGCAAUAAAAGAUUAACAAAAUAGGAUUAAUAUCAACUGUACUGUUCUUUUACACAAAAAAUAUAUAUAUAUAUUUUUGUGAUAUACAAAGUUUGUCUCCAGACAUUGACUUAUUUUUCCGAGUCAGGACUGCCUCUUACGGCCUGACUUAUUACCCUGAGGUGUGGCCACAGUGCUAACAAACGCAUGACGAUACCUCUGGCUGUGUUUUGACAUAGGCAAAAUAAAUUGUUCCCUAACCAACUACCUCCUUUUAUCUUGCAGCAAAACACCUCUCUUGAAGCAAUAGUACAAGUAAGUGCAUCUCCCUCUCACACUUCCAUGUUUGAAACAUUUCUUACAGACACAUAUUUCCUUCCACUGUAUGUGAUUCCCUGUGUGCUGUUGUGUUGCAGAAUGCCACCAGUGACAACCAGGGAGUUCAGCUGAGUGCCGUGCAGGCUGCAAGGUAGGAACUCUCUCCUCCUACACCCGGCUCUGGUGGUUGCCAUGGUGAUUCACACUCAAACAUGGUUUCAAAAACCAUCUCUAGAAUGUUGUGGAGUGGCAGGUUCUGGAGCACAGCCCAUUAAUUAUUUAAUGGUUUUCGGCUUGCGUGGUAGACUUAGUUCUUUGUCAUUGUCGCCGGGUUUGUGUAAUUGUUGUGAGAUUGCAUUGCUAUGUCAUGUCUGUACUCAACAGCACCGGUGUUGCACAACAACUCAAUGUGUACAUUUCACGUUCCUUUAUUUUAUGUGUCUGUGUUUUGAGUGUCUUAAGUGCAAGUAUGUGUGAAAUAAUUGACUUUCUCCCUGCAGGAAGCUGUUGUCUAGUGAUCGUAACCCUCCCAUAGAUGAUCUGAUCAAGUCUGGCAUUCUCCCCAUCCUGGUGCACUGUCUGGACAGAGAUGACAAGUAAGCAGGGCUUUACUUUGUGUUAUAGAUACUCUGUGUCUUACAUAACACAAGUGGUUGUGACCUAAUCAUUGCUGCAGUGAAUGUAAGCUAAGCAUCGCUGCACUGAGAAUGGAUCUUUUCAGAUGAUGAUGGAACCAUGUUGCAAUGCAAAUGUGUCAGGAUUUUCCAUAAUCAGAUGUGAGGAUUGUCAUAACCACAGACUGUGGAAUAACAACCCUUUCCAUUUCUUGUUUCAUCACUCUGUUUCUCUCUAUCCCUCCCCUCUCCACCUUUCUCUUUCUACCUCAUCUUACUUCUGCCUCCGUCUCCAGUCCAUCUCUACAGUUUGAGGCUGCCUGGGCUUUGACCAACAUUGCCUCAGGAACCUCAGAGCAGACCCAGGCAGUGGUCCAGUCCAGUAAGUACCAGCUCACAACCUCAGCGCAACCACUGCCAGCACACUCUGGGGGCUAGGUGGAAUUUUCAAUCAUCAUGCCUACCAAGUCUUGGAUUUGUUGUUUAUCUGACCCUGAAAAGCAGAUUAUUUGUAGUAUUUGGUGAUUGAGUUAGCUAUUGAAAAUGGAGAGUAUUUCCUCUCCUGCAGAUGCUGUGCCAUUGUUCCUGAGGCUGCUGCACUCUCCUCACCAGAACGUGUGUGAACAGGCAGUCUGGGCCCUGGGCAACAUCAUAGGUGAGUCUGGAUCCUUUACUAUGUGUCUGGGACACUAACAAGGGAGGCUGAUUGUGGGAAUGGCUCAGGGAUUCUCUGAUGUUUGUCUCAAGGCAUUAUCGGUGAGUGUUUGUGAAACUGUCUGUCUGUUCCUAGGCGACGGCCCCCAGUGCAGGGACUAUGUGAUCAGUCUGGGCGUGGUGAAGCCCCUGCUGUCCUUCAUCAGCCCCUCUAUCCCUAUCACCUUCCUCCGUAACGUCACCUGGGUCAUGGUCAACCUCUGCCGCCACAAGGACCCACCGCCACCAAUGGAAACCAUCCAGGAGGUAAGAGAGGCAGUGUGUGUGUGCCACAUGGGUCAUGGUCAAUCUGUCCUGGCAAAAUGAGCUAUGGACACUAUCCAGGAGUUACUGGCUCUUGUUAGUUUGUCUAUCUGAGUCUCUGGCUGGCUGUCUGUCAGUGUGUUGUUGAAUCUGAGCAUUAUUUACAGUAGUGUACAUGGGUGUGUGUGCCCCUGGGAUAUAUAAACUCAGCAAAAAAAGAAACGUCCCUUUUUCAGGACCCUGUCUUUCAAAGAUAAUUUGUAAAAAUCCAAAUGACUUCACAGAUCUUCAUUGUAAAGGGUUUAAACACAUGCUUGUUCAAUUAACCAUAAACAAUUAAUGAACAUGCACCUGUGGAACGGUCGUUAAGACACUAACAGCUUACAGACGGUAGGCAAUUAAGGUUACAGUUUUGAAAACAUAGGACACGAGGCCUUUCUACUAAAAACACCAAAAGAAAGAUGCCCAGGGUCCCUGCUCAUCUGCGUGAACGUGCCUUAGGCAUGCUGCAAGGAGGCAUGAGGACUGCAGAUGUGGCCAAUACAUUUCAAUGUCCGUACUGUGAGACGCCUAAGACAGCGCUACAGGGAGACAGGACGGACAGCUGAUUGUCCUCGCAGUGGCAGAUCACGUGUAACAACACCUGCACAGGAUCGGUACAUCCGACCAUCACACCUGCGGGACAGGUACAGGAUUUUAUUUUUAUUUAUUUCACCUUUAUUUAACCAGGUAAGCCAGUUGAGAACAAGUUCUCAUUUACAACUGCGACCUGGCCAAGACAAAGCAAAGCAGUGCGAUUAAAAACAACAACACAGAGUUACAUAUGGGGUAAAAAACAUAAAGUCAAAAAUACAACAGAAAAUAUAUAUAUACAGUGUGUGCAAAUGCAGCAAGUUAUGGAGGUAAGGCAAUAAAUAGGCUAUAGUGCAAAAUAAUUACAAUAGUAUUAACACUGGAAUGCUAGAUGUGCAAGAGAUUAUGUGCAAAUAGAGAUACUGGGGUGCAAAAGAGCAAAAUAAAUAACAAUAUAGGGAUGAGGUAGUUGGGUGGGCUAAUUUCAGAUGGGCUGUGUACAGGUGCAGUGAUCGGUAAGGUGCUCUGACAACUGAUGCUUAAAGUUAGUGAGGGAGAUAAGUGUCUCCAGCUUCAGAGAUUUUUGCAAUUUGUUCCAGUCAUUGGCAGCAGAGAACUGGAAGGAAUGGCGGCCAAAGGAGGUGUUGGCUUUGGGAAUGACCAGUGAGAUAUACCUGCUGGAGCGCAGACUACGGGUGGGUGCUGCUAUGGUGACCAAUGAGCUAAGAUAAGGCGGGGAUUUGCCUAGCAGUGAUUUAUAGAUGGCCUGGAGCUGGCAACAACAACUGCCCGAGUUACACCAGGAACGCACAAUCCCUCCAUCAGUGCUCAGACUGUCCGCAAUAGGCUGAGAGAGGCUGGAUUGAGGGCCUGUUGUAAGGCAGGUCCUCACCAGACAUCACCGGCAACAACGUCGCCUAUGGGCACAAACCCACCGUCGCUGGACCAGACAGGACUGGCAAAAAGUGCUCUUCACUGACGAGUCGCGGUUUUGUCUCACCAGGGGUGAUGGUCGGAUUUGCGUUUAUCAUCGAAGGAAUGAGUGUUACACCGAGGCCUGUACUCUGGAGCGGGAUCGAUUUGGAGGUGGAGGGUCCGUCAUGGUCUGGGGCGGUGGGUCACAGCAUCAUCGGACUGAGCUUGUUGUCAUUGCAGGCAAUCUCAACGCUGUGUGUUACAGGGAAGACAUCCUCCUCCCUCAUGUGGUACCCUUCCUGCAGGCUCAUCCUGACAUGACCCUCCAGCAUGCCAAUGCCACCCGCCAUACUGCUCGUUAUGUGCAUGAUUUCCUGCAAGACGGGAAUGUCAGUGUUCUGCCAUGGCCAGCGAUGAGCCCGGAUCUCAAUCCCAUUGAGCACGUCUGGGACAUGUUGGAUUGGAGGGUGAGGGCUAGGGCCAUCCCCCCCCCCCCCCCAGAAAUUUCACAGCAAGAACUGGCAAAUCGGGUGCAGUCCAUGAGGAAGAGAUGCACUGCAGUACUUAAUGCAGCUGGUGGCCACACCAGAUACGGCCUUACUUUUGACCCCCCCCCCCCCCUUUGUUCAGGGACACAUUGUUCAAUUUGUUAGUCACAUGUCUGUGGAACUUGUUCAGUUUAUGUCUCAGUUGAAUCUUGUUAUGUUCAUACAAAUAUUGACACAUGUUACGUUUGCUGAAAAUAAACGCAGUUGACAGUGAGAGGACAUUUCUUUUUUUGCUGAGUUUAUAUCCAUCUGUCUGUCCUCCUGGCUCCUGCUGUACAUUCCUAUUUCCUCCCAAUGCCACUCUCUCCUCAUGAGAGAGAUGGAGGGAUUGAUCAGUAGUUGGCUGGUUGUCAGUUGGAUGAAUGGAGGGAGGGAGAGAGGAGGAUUAGUCAGUACCCAGCAGGUGUGCUCCUAAGCUGGGGAAAUGAGGGCUGAUUUAGUGCUCAGAGCGGCAUGUCUGUGGAAGAGGCACCACUGCUGAAUAAUACUGGACCAUGUCUCUAAAAUUCCAUAAGCCCCUUAGAAAAAAGGCGUGGGAAAUUGGGAUCCUUAACGCUACGAAGAAUCCCUAACCGAAAACAAUGUUUUGUCCCCCCCCCACAACAUUUAAAAUCGCAGUGCAUUUAUCACAAAACAUUAUUUUCAGUGUUAUAGCCUAACUAGACGAUGGGCUAUAAAUAUAAAGGCUCUCCCCUUUGACCACCACCUCACUCAAGCCAUGAACUUUCUCAACCUUCAGUCUCUUGUCCAUCGAUCAACUCAUGAUGAUUAAUUGUUUUUUAAUUACUUGUUUGUUGCUUUACAUGCCUUUUGAUAUUUCUUUAUGUAAUGAAUAGUGCUAUAUAAGUUGAAUAAAUAAAGUUGUGUAAUUUAGGUAGACUCAGCGAUAUGAAGUAGAUGCAGAAAGUAAACAGCAUAGUGGGUCAAUUUUAGCAACAACUAAGAGCGUUGAAGCAACUUCUCCACUGUUUUGGUGCCCUGGCUAACACCCCUGUGAAUGGCGUGAAGCCAACCCAAGCAGAUACUGUGUGUGACUGACUGUCAGAAAGCGAAGUGUUCCAUCUCAAUAUCCUAGCCUAUUCAUUGAUGAUAGGCCCUGCUUUAAUGAAGUUGCGAGACAUUGCAAGCCCCAAAUAUUGUGAGAUACAGCUUGCCGAUAGAUGGGCCUAGUGCACGGUUCUGCCUGGUGGCCGACCUGCCUCUACUGUGCCCCUCCCCUCUCUCUCCGUCCCUCGCUAGCUCGCUAUGAAAGAUGUGAGUGUUUGUUCUCAGAAGUACGGCAACUAAUCAGUCUCCACUGUUCCAAAAAAUACUGAAUCUUAGGAGUCGAUUUCCUAGUGGAAUCUAAUCUUGACACUCGGAAAUGGGAGUCAAUGCGGGGAGUCAACGUUGAGGAAUCAAUUAUUUUGGAGUUGACUCGCCACCACUACGUCAUUGUUAACAGUUGGGAAAAUGUCAGAGAAAGGCAAGCGACAGCAGUUAAGUCCUGUAUUGCAAUACUUUAACAAGUUAAAUGAGAAGGAAAGGCCAACUUUACGAGAGGUACAGUAAUGGUAGUACAGGUGCAAUGCUAACCAUCUGAAAGGGACGCUCAAACUGUUGCUGGCUGCAGCACAGCUGCAUUGUGAAUUUUAAUGAAUUUUUCUUAUUGUUUUAAUAGAAUUUUAAUAAAUUGGCCAUUUGUCACAUCCCUAGUGGGAAUAUACUGUUCCUGUCAUUUUGUUGGCAUCUCCCUCAUUGACUAUCUUGCUCUAUCCCUCUUUUUAUAUCUCAGAUUCUUCCAGCUCUCUGUGUGCUGAUCCACCACACUGAUGUUAAUGUGAGUAUUCCUAAAUCACUGAUUGUAUCCAGAAAGAGACAACCCAAAUAGUAAAAGUUGACAUUGAUAAUAUUGAUUGCCCUCUUUUAAUAACCACAAGCAGAUAUUGAGAUAUAAUCCAUAUGUUGAUGAAUGUGUGAAUGUUUUGUUUUUGGGACCUUUGACCCCUGUAGAUCCUGGUUGACACAGUGUGGGCUCUGUCCUACCUGACGGACGCUGGCAACGAGCAGAUUCAGAUGGUCAUCGACUCGGGCAUCGUGCCCAACCUGGUGCCCCUGCUUAGCCACCAGGAGGUCAAAGUCCAGGUAUGGAGACACAGAUGCCCGUGGGCCAAAGAUCUAGGAUCAGCUUAGCCUCCCCAAAUCCAUCAUUAACCACAAAACAGAUCAGCAUCUAGGAGCAGCUUCACCCUACUCAGUGGGGCUCAGGAAGACCGAUGCACACCAAAUGCAAUGGUUGCUUUUGUAAGGACUGAACUGUUGCCCUACCAUAGCUGUUUUUGCAGAUGUGAUGGAAUCAGAUGGGUGUGUAAGCAAUAUGGCGGUGGCUUCUCUAUGCUCAUCAGAAGGAUAGGUAGAGCCAUCAUAUUACUUAACCCUAUCAGUUUCCUUCAGGUCUGCAAACACUGAAGGGGGUGGGGCUAUGGGUGGUUUUUGGUCAAGUACUUGGAGACCUGUGGACUGCGGUGGUUAGAUAAAGUUACGUUGGAGUGGGUAAGGCAGGGGUUAGGAAAAGAGCUCUUGUCCUGAGCUGCAGUGUUUUGACCUGAGACGGAUUCCUGUCUGGCCAGGUGGGGCUGUUGGGUGUGUGUGUAAGCCAGUUACUAUGGUGCAGUAGGUAAGCUGACCCUAGAGAUGAUACUGCUCAGGACUUGAAUGGGUCUUACUCUUGGCCCUGAUGCCUUGUCUGUUGCUUACUGUGCUGAUAUUCAUACUCAGUCAUUCUUUGGGUGGUGGUUCUAUUUAUUGGUUGGUUUGCUUACUUUAGUUAGUUGCAUGAAUGUUCGUUGAUGCUUGGAGUUGUUUGUAUUGACUGCUAUGUGGAACUUGGUGUGUGUCUCUAGACGGCUGCGCUGCGGGCGGUGGGCAACAUAGUGACUGGAACAGAUGAACAGACCCAGGUGGUGCUCAACUGUGACGCCCUGGGACACUUCUCCUCUCUCCUCACACACCCCAAGGAGAAGAUCAACAAGGUAACACACACACACGGUAAAACAUACACUCCGCACCGCUUCACCUUGCCACAGCACAGCAGGUGUCAGUGUGACUGAUCAUGCUAGAAGUGAUGAUAUCAGAGACAUGGUGCUAGUGUGAAUGCUGUAUGAAUCACAGUGAAUGGGGAUAUAACUAUUAGUUAGGUACUCGCAUCAUGGAAGAGCCGGAUCAAGAAGACUUCAAGGAGCUGAUGGAAAUUGCAGUUUGAGUAGAUUUUGGGUGGUCUGGGGCAGUGGGUAGAGUGUGAGAUGUGAGUGCGUGUGUGUGUAGUAUUUAUGGGUGGAGGAUAGUGGGCGCUGAAGACCCAUGGGUCUCUGCUGAUAUCGGAGUACAUCUGAGGCCUGUCACUCAAACAGAGGUCCCUCCCUCAGUGACUGAGCCAAUGAUUAGGGCCUCACGACCGCCCCUGCCCCGCCCCCAGCACCCCAUCUCGACCAGGGGCCUCCGCUCUGAGCAGGCCCCUGGAGUCUGAUCUAGCUUAGUCCACACACCUUUGAAUUCCACGUGGGAACUUCUCACUAUUUCUGCAGUCCUCCUGACACACGUGCACACACACUGACUGCUUAUUCAGUCUCUGUAAGCCCUGCCUCUAUCACACAACACUUGGAGUAGUUGCAGACUGAGUGCUGUUUCUUCUCCCGUCCUGCAGGAGGCAGUGUGGUUCCUGUCCAACAUCACAGCAGGCAACCAGCAGCAGGUGCAGGCCGUCAUCGACGCCAACCUGGUACCCAUGAUCAUCCACCUUCUGGACAAGGUCUGUUUCAUCACUGUCACUGCUUCAUUCAUCAGUUCAUCAGAGAUUUCUCAUGCACAAAAUGAAGCAGUAAUGAGUAUCAUAUUGUUGAAAUAUUAAUUGAAAUGUUUUUGCAGGGAGACUUUGGAACACAGAAAGAAGCAGCCUGGGCCAUCAGCAACCUGACAAUUAGCGGGAGGAAGGACCAGGUGAGCUCAACUGAGUCCUACCCACUUUACCACAUAUACCUCACAUCCAUCCAUACACUCAAAUUCCCACUGUUUUGUAAGCUGACCCUUCUCCUCCGGUCCUGUAGGUGGCAUACCUGAUCCAGCAGCAGGUGAUCCCUCCCUUCUGUAACCUGCUGACAGUGAAGGAUGCUCAGGUGGUGCAGGUGGUCCUGGACGGCCUCAGCAACAUCCUCAAGAUGGCCGACGACGAGGCCGAGACCAUCGCCAACCUCAUCGAGGAGUGUGGAGGUGAGAGCCCAGCCCACUGUUACCUAAAACAUAAUUGUUCCUAUCUACUAUUUAUGUUGAAGUAUAGUGAUUGUAUCUCAGUGGCUGUGUAGAUUUGACUGCUGAACCAUCUCUCUCUCUUCCCCACCCCUCAGGUCUGGAGAAGGUGGAGCAGCUCCAGAAUCAUGAGAAUGAAGACAUCUAUAAACUGGCCUAUGAAAUUAUUGAUCAGUUCUUCUCAUCUGAUGAUGUAAGUCAGUUCUCUAAUAUGGUCAUGUCUUGGUUGGGGAAGGUACUGCAUACUACAUUGUGUGGAAUGUCUUAUUUGUAUAGAUGAUUGACUUGUUAUUGUCUCAUGUUCAGAUUGAUGAAGACUCCAGCCUGGUUCCGGAGGCGAUCCAGGGGGGAACGUACGGCUUCAACUCCUCCACCAACGUGCCAGCAGAGGGGUUCCAGUUCUAG